AUGUAAAUUAUAAGAAACACUCAAGGAAUACCAGAGAUGAGAUCUAAAUUAGUCAAGGCAUUUAAUAACUUCUACUACAUAAAACUAAGUGAUGAUGAAUUUGAAAAACAUUUAGAUCGAGCAAUAUCACAGAUUCCAGAAGACUUUAAAGAUGAAUAAGCUCUAAUAGAUUAUACAGCAACUCACCAAAUCAAAGAUUUACCGAGGGAAUCAAUCUAAUAUAGAAUUAUGGUAAAGCAAGAUUUUAACUCAGAACAAUCAGCAGUAGUCUUUGUAUUUUAUCACGGAUUAACAGAUGGAGUAGGAUUUUUGAAUUUAUUUUGUGCCUUACAAGAUGAAUUUGAUUCUUAAAAUCUACCAUUUGUUAGAAAAAGAUCACUUAAAGAAAGCAUUAGAAGAUAUAUCACUUGCAUUUUUGGUAUCUUUAUUUACAUAAAAAACUAACCUAAAAAUUAUCAAGAUUCACAAUUAUGUUAGAUUGUAAUGAGUAAUAAACCUAUGACUACUAUUUCAAAAGAUAUGAAAGUCGAUUAACUCAAGUAAAAAAUAUGUAGAAGAUUUGGAUGUUCUAUCAAUGAUUUACUUACUGCUGCUAGUAUCAUUGCGAUGAGAGAUUACUGUCUAGCAAAUAAUAUUACAGAUCAUACUUUAUUUCAAGGAAUGAUCGCUGUAAAUCAGCGCUCUUCUAUACUAAAAAAAUAAGACAUCAGACUUCACAAUAACUUAUGGGCUACAAUUUUAAGAAGCAUUAAGUUUAGAAAAGGAUUUGUUUUAAACUCUUAAAACUUAAGAUACUGGUCUAAGCGAGUUGAUAGCAUUAAAGAUGAUUGCUUAUUUUAUUCCUGA